AUGCCCAUUGCUCAGCCCCACAAGUCAAGUCAUGCUGUCAAGCAAGGCCUCGGGUAUCGGCAAUUCUGUCUAGGGUAUGAUGUCCUUCCUUCCUUCGCUGAGUGCGAUGGCUAUGACGUUGAUGUUGACACCAGGCCGAAGAGGAAUAGUUACAAGAAGGGUCGUGUGCCGAUGCGAAUGUUCGUGGCUGAUGAACCCGGCUUGCGACUGAGUGCGACGAAGUUGGAAAUGGUCGAGAAGGAAACUGAUGCUAAUUUGAAGUUACCGAGAUUCGUGGCUGCUGAGGUUGUUGCAGAGAGACCCCUCCCAACGAGGCGCAAGAAGUGGGCUAAGUUACUUGAUGGUUGGGAGGUUGUCCACGAGGAUGAUAUGUGGUUUAUCGUUGAGGAGAAGCAAGGGUGUUCAUCUCGACGGUCGUACGCUGAUGUGGCUGUGAAUGAGAUGGGAAUCGAUGCCUAUGGUGAACCUCAUUUGGUGCCGACUCUUUUGGGUGAGAACACCACUGAGAUGAAUGUGAAGCCGAUGAGGAAGGAUGUGGGAGGUGGUUGUGAUGAUGAGCAGCAGUGUGGUGAUGUGAAAGGCAAUUGGGAGAUGAAGUUUAGUAGAAGUUUUAGAGGGAAAGUUGAAGAACGUCGGCGACACCAUCUACGGGCCGAGCGUAAGAAAGAGAGGAAAAUGAAGAGAAAGGCUGGUAAGGCCUAA